CUCAAAUUCAUCUUUAUCAGUUUCACCAUUUGCAUCAAACGAAGCAGUCAUUUUCGCGAAUUUUUUUCAUCUUCAAGUUACCAUGAGUUUGGUUGAAAAAGACAGAAGCCUGAUUUGGCAUCCUUUCACUCAAGAGAAAACUGCCGAUCCGCCCAUCUUGAUCACCAAAGGAUUCACUCACGAGCCAGCGGUAACCUUGUGCGAUUCGUUAACAUCCCUGUUGCCAUCACCUUUGAGGAAAUUCUUCUUCAGUGAUAAUGGUUCAACCGCUGUUGAAGUUGCUAUGAAAAUGAGCUACCAGUGGUGGAAAAAUCAAGGCUAUCAUAAACCUUUAUUUGUGGCUUUCGAUGGAGGAUAUCAUGGUGAUACUUGGGGUGUGAUGAGCGUCAGUGUGAAAUCCGGAUUUCAUGAUGCUUUUGAAAAGGUAGUUUUCCCUGUGCUGUAUGCACCAUUUCCAGAUACUUGGAUAGAAGAUGACAAUAUCGAUGAAAAGGAGGCAAAUUCGCUGACAGUGUUGAGACAACAUUUGGAAACUAAUCGGCAUAAUAUCUCGGCUAUCGUAAUGGAACCCCUAGUGCAAGGUGCCAGCGGAAUGAGAAUGUGUCGGGCUAGUUUUAUUGAUAAAGUUACCGCGUUAGUUCGCGAAUUCGGCAUUUUAGUAAUUUUUGACGAAGUUAUGACCGGUUUUGGUAGAACAGGGACGUAUUUCGCAUUAGAUCAGACCAAUGUUGUACCAGAUUUCAUUUGUUUGUCAAAAGGUAUUACAGGUGGCUUUCUACCCUUAUCUGUUACUGUAACUACUCAAAAAAUUUACGAUUCAUUUCUCAAUGACAAUUUUGAUAAAGCUUUCGCUCACGGCCAUUCGUAUACUGGUAAUCCUGUUACUUGUGCGGCUGCAGUCGCAUCAUUCAAAAUUUUAACUGAUUUGAAAACCAAAAACAAUAUCGCAAGUAUCAAUACUAUUCAUCGAAAUCGUAUCGACAAACUGAAAAAAAAUUGCAAGAAUGUGGAACGUGCUCGCAUCACUGGUACCAUUGCUGCAUUCGAUGUCAAAGAAAAUGUCCAGGUAAAAAAGUUCAAGGAAAAAUGUUUCGAAGAUGGUAUUCUUAUUAGACCUUUGAAUCGCAGUGUGUAUUUACUGCCUCCGUAUUGUAUCACUGCCGAUGAAUUGAAUUAUGCUUACGAUGUAAUAAUCAAAUGUUUGAACGAAUUUUGAAUAUUUUAUACCUAUAAAUUACAUUUACGAUGAAAUUGACGCAAAUAAACUGUGAAGUGUA